GCCUCCCAGCUGCCGCGCGGGGGCUGCUGGGUAAUCCUGGUCGACUGAAGGGAGGAGAGAGGGAGAGAAGACGGAGAGAGAGGGAGGCCAAAAAGAGGCGGUUGCGGACGGAAGGAGAAGCGAGGAAGGACGACCCCUGCGCCGUCCUUUUGCUCCAGCCGCCGCGGGGUUUGGGCAUGGAGGAGGGAGGCAGCCGGGGGCGGCGAGGGAGGCAGCAGCAGCAGCGGUGGCCUCUUUCUUCCUCCUGCGUCUCCUUUUCGCGGUGAUCUUUCCCUGCCUCCUUCCCGGCCUUCCUGGCUGUGGCGGCAACCGGGAAAUGGUCGGGGUGUAGCAGCAGCGCCCGCGGAGAGGUGAUCUGGCUGGACUUUCUGAAUUUGGAAUAUUUGGAUAUCCAUUUGAGGAGAACAGCAGAAUGACAUGGGUUUGGACUGAACUGCUUGAAUUGGUGUCAGGUUCACAGCUUGAGUACUAUAAUUUGAUUGGACUUCAUUUUCAGGGAACCUAGAAACAGCAAAGCUGACAGCAUGCUACGGCGGAUGGACACGAAGGAGGCUCUGUUGGGGACAGAAAGAAAGAAAAAUGAGCAACAUGAACCGUGAAGACCGGAAUGCGCUGCGUAUCAAAGAAAGAGAGAGGCGUAAUCAGGAAAUUCAGCAGGGUGAAGAAGCAUUUCCACCUAACUCUCCUCUCUUUGCUGAACCAUAUAAAGUUACCAGCAAAGAAGAUAAGUUGUCUAGCCGUAUCCAAAGCAUGCUCGGAAACUAUGAUGAAAUGACGGAUUUUAUAGGUGACCGGUCCCUCCAGAAACGUUGCGGAAUGCCCAAGCCAACAGUACCAUCAACAACAGACGAAAAAUCAAACCAAAGUUUCUUUGGUGAUCAGAGACAUAGUAGUGGUUCUCAUCAGAGCAGCAAAUGGACACCUGUAGGUCCAGCACCUAGCACUUCUUCUCAGUCACAGAAGCGGUCCUCGGGUCUACAAAGUGGACAUAGUAGCCAGCGUAGCAGUGGCAAUAGCAGUAGCAAUAGUGGUCAGAGGCAUGAUCGUGACUCAUAUGCCAGUAGUGGGAGCAGCAGUAGUCACAAAAAAUCCCAGCAUGGAUCAGAACACUCAAAGUCCCGUUCUUCCAGCCCCGGAAAACCGACUGCUGUUUCUUCUCUGAAUCCCAGCCAUUCCAGAUCUCAUGGAAGUGAUCAUCACAGCAAGGAACAUCAGCGUUCGAAAUCUCCGCGAGAUCCUGAUGCCAACUGGGACUCACCUUCUCGUGUGCAUUCAUUUUCUAGUGGUAACCAGUCUUUUCCUCCUUCACUCAUGUCAAAGUCUAACACAAUGUUGCAGAAGCCUACUGCUUAUGUAAGGCCUAUGGAUGGUCAGGAGUCCAUGGAACCAAAGCUAUCUUCUGAACACUACAGUAGCCAGACUCACAGCAACAAUAUGAAUGAGCUGAAGCCCAGUAGCAAAGCACAUCUAACAAAGCUGAAAAUUCCUUCUCAGCCACUUGAUGCAUCAGCAUCUGGUGACAUGAGCAGUGUGGAUGAAAUUCUAAAAGAAAUGACCCAUAUUUGGCCACCUCCACUGACUGCUAUUCAUACACCUUGCAAAACAGAACCUUCAAAGUUUCCAUUCCCAACAAAGGAAACACAGCAGUCUAAUUUUGGCACUGGAGAACAAAAAAGAUACAAUCCUUCAUCAAAAACUUCUAAUAGUCACCAAUCUAAAUCGUGCGAGUCGAACCAGACAGAUGUUCUGAUAAAUGACUUGAAGCUCAGCAGCAGUGAAGACAGUGAUGGUGAACAGGACUCUGAUAAGACAGUUCCAAGAAGUACACCUGGAAGUGCUUCCGAACCAUCCCAGCAUACAAGUGAAGGGGCAGACAACUCUAGGGAUGACUCCAGCAGUCAUAGUGGAUCUGAGAGCAGUUCUGGUUCUGACUCAGAAAGUGAAAGUAGUUCUAGUGACAGUGAAGCCAAUGAACCAUCACAGAGUGCAUCUCCUGAGCCUGAACCACCUCCAACAAACAAGUGGCAGCUUGACAACUGGCUGAAUAAAGUGAAUCCACACAAAGUGUCACCGGCUUCCUCUGUGGACAGUAACAUCCCAUCAACACAAGGCUACAAAAAAGAGGGUAGAGACUCAAGUGCUGGGGGUGGGUAUGCCGAUCAAAGUGGAUCUAAAGAUUCUAUUUCCUCCACUCCUGGGAGAGAUUCAAAAACCAGCCAGAAGGGUUCAGAGAGCAAUCGUGGCAGGCAAAAGUCACCUGCUCAGAGUGAUAGCAUGUCCCAGAGGAGGACUGUAGGUAAAAAGCAACCCAAAAAGACAGAGAAACUAUCUGUGGAAGAGCCCAGAGGGGGAUUGAAAAUAGAAAGCGAAACCCCGCUGGACAUGGCAACAAGUAUACCCUCUAAUAGGCACAAGGCUGCCACAAAAGGCUCCAGAAAACCGAAUAUAAAGAAGGAGACCAAAUCUUCGCCUCGUCCUACAACAGAGAAAAAGAAAUGCAAAGUUGCAAGUAAAUCCACCCAAAAAUCUAAAGAAUUCAUAGAGACAGAUACCUCAUCCUCUGAUUCUGAUGAGAAUGAGAGCCUUCCACCAUCAUCACAAACCCCCAAAUAUUCUGAGAGCAAUAGGACUCCUGUUAAACCCUCCAUGGAGGAGGAUGACAGUUUUUUACGACAAAGAAUGUUCUCUCCUAUGGAAGAGAAGGAACUCCUGUCACCACUCAGUGAUCCUGAUGAAAGGUAUCCCCUCAUUGUGAAGAUUGACUUGAGCCUGUUAACCAGAAUACCAGGGAAGCCUUACAAAGACACAGAUCCUUCAAAGGUUGACAGGAAAAAUGUGUCUGAGAAGCAUCCAAGGGAGCCCCAGAAAACAUCUUCUGCUGACAAAAGCUCCAACAAGGGCAAGAGAAAACAUAAAUUAUGUCAGAAUGCAGAAGAAAGCCGAGGCACUGAAAGCAAGAAAACAAAACUAGAAGAAAAGCCUUCUUCAGUACACAAAACUUCCAGUAAUAGAGAGUCAUCAAAGCAAAGUGCUGUUAAAGAGAAGGAACAUCUCCCAUCUCCAGCCACCACACCAGUAAUCCAAAAAGAUUUAAAGCAAGAGCAUGGGUCUCGUAAGAGAACAAUCAGUCAGUCUUCUUCUUUGAAAUCAAGCAGUAACAGUAAUAAGGAGAGCAACAGCAGUAAAGGUAGCUCAUCUAAACAAAAGAAGACUGAAGGGAAGGCCCCGAGUAAUACCAAGGAAGCAAAGGAAAAGGCUUUAAAUAAUUCUUCAAACUGCCCUUCUGCCUCAGCCACAACUGCGGAUAGUUCAAAGUCUCGGAGAGCAAAGCUAGUGUUUGAUGACAGAACAUAUUCAGCAGAUCACUACUUACAAGAGGCAAAGAAGUUGAAGCAUAAUGCUGAUGCAUUGUCUGAUAGGUUUGAGAAAGCUGUGUACUACCUUGAUGCUGUGGUGUCAUUCAUUGAGUGUGGGAAUGCAUUGGAGAAAAAUGCUCAGGAAUCAAAGUCCCCAUUCCCUAUGUAUUCUGAAACUGUGGAGUUGAUCAAGUACACUAUGAAACUGAAGAAUUACUCUGCACCAGAUGCAACUGCUGCAGAUAAAAGGCUAGCAGUACUUUGUCUUAGAUGCCAGUCCCUGUUAUACUUAAGACUUUUCAAGUUGAAGAAGGAGAGUGCAUUAAAAUAUUCCAAGACACUAACUGAACAUUUGAAGAAUUCCUAUAAUAAUUCUCAAGCCCCAUCACCUGGUAUGGGAAGCAAACCUGUCAGCAUGCCAUCUCCAGUCUCUCCGAAGUUAUCUCCAGGAAAUUCAGGAAAUUACUCUUCAGGGUCAACCAACCCUUCAGGUAGCACUUCUUCAGUGACUAUUCCACAGAGGAUACACCAGAUGGCAGCCAGUUAUGUCCAGGUUACUUCCAAUUUCCUAUAUGCCACUGAAAUUUGGGACCAAGCUGAUCAGCUUGCAAGAGAGCAAAAGGAGUUCUUCACUGAACUGGAUAAAGUUAUGGGCCCUCUGAUCUUUAAUGCAAGUGUCAUGACAGACCUAGUACGUUACACCAGACAAGGACUUCAUUGGUUACGCUUGGAUGCCAAGUGAUAGAUGGACUGGAGACAUUGUAAAACAUGGAAGACAACUUUUCUUGCUGCCUCUGAUUUUUUUCAACACUGUGUCAUAAAAAAGGAAGUCUGCCAUAAUUUGUUGCUUAGUGAAAGCUUAAAAUUAAGGAAGGCUUUUGUGUGUCUCCCAGCAUCAUGUGUGUGAGAACCUCUAAACCAUCAUGUUCAUGAACUUUUUUCAGUUGCCCCAUUUUUAAGAUAUUUAAGAAUAGUUUAAACUCCGCAAUGUUUUAAUGUAAGAUGGAUUCAUGAAGCUGCAAUUGGAUUGGAAUUCUAGUAAUUAUGCCUAACAAAUCUGUUUUAAAAUUUAUUUAUUUUGUUUUUGAAAGCUCUGUUUUUGGGCUGUUUUAAGAUUUAGCUGUUUUUCCUAUAAAUUUUACCCAAUCAAGUACUUAGUGAAGAUUAAAUGUAGACACUUUAUUUAAAUAUUUUGUGAACUCUGUUAUUCUGUAAUGUCUUGUGGUGGUAGAGCUUGUAAGAGAAUGUCAGGGUUGAUAGAUUCUAAGGUGUAGGAACACAUUUUCAUGAAUAUCUGUGUCAACCCCUAAAUGACAGCCACAGUUUUACUUUUGUAUUCCACAUGAUACAUUAGUAGUUUUAUUUAAGUGAAAUGUUUUUCUUUAAACUACAUGGAAAAUUAGCUUCAAAACACAUGUCUUAACACUAACAAUCUCAGAACAUUAUUGAAAGUUGCAUUUAAUGCAGUAGCAAAAAGGUGUGGGUCACAAGGAGCUCCUGCCUCUACGUAUGGUCUAGGAAUAGUGUCAAAUGGACAAUCUUGUGCUUUGGUGCAGUGUCUUAUUUUGUUGCUUGUCAUUGGUGGACACUGAAACUUCAAUUCCUAUGUGAAACUUGAUGUGCUUAAUCAGAAAAUGUGCAUGGGGAAUAACAUCUGUGUUUCCUUUCUGAAAGGAUUAUGUGGUGGUCCACGUGGGGUAGAGAAUAGACCUGUGACUUACAGGAACAGUUUUAAACUACUCUGUCCAGUUGAUUUGAAAUCUUGAUUUCUUUUUGCCAUUUUAUGGUAUCUUCAUUUCUAUUAACUUUUUGAUGGGAACAGAAUUUUUCAUUUUAAAGGAAAAUUACUGUGAUCUGUAAGAAUAAUGCAUAGAAUUUUACGUGACUGCUUUAAGAUUACUAGCCAAAAGUACUUUUCCAUAGAAGGUGCUUGUCUGACUAUAAGAAUAUUGCUUAGCAUCCCUAUCAUGUCUGGUGUGCCUUAUGCUUUUGUAGAUGAAGAUUUUGAAUACUGUUUACAAGAGGUUUUACACAUAGGAAUUGGUAUACUAUAUCCGAUUGGUCUCCUGCAGUACUUUGGUAAAAUUCCACUUCCUUUUCCUAAUACUAGAGGCUGUCAUUUGUUGACAAUACCAUGGGUUGUGUCUUAGAGUCAAACUCUGAACCCUUCGUUGUGGGAUCAUGGAAUGCUGCUUUCCCUGCCCUUGUCCCUGAAUCCUUGGCCCCUGUUGUGAAUGUGCAUGCUCAAGAAAAUGAUUGCACUAAAUUGUUGUCUAGCUGUAUAGCUAUGUGCCAAAAUGAUGGCAAGCUUUGAAAUAAGGAAUAGAAUUCUACAUUCAUGAGUACUGCAGUGUGUCCUUGGGACCUUGAAAGUUAAGAGGCUACAUCAAUUACAACAACUUCACUAAGCGAUAACUGGGAUAUUAUAGAGCCUUGUACUCUGAUGUCUCUUUCUUUUAGGGGUGCAUGAGUGCACCCUAAUAUUUGAAUCUGUUCCUUUGAAAUCACUGCCCCUGGGUUCUGUAUUCUCAAUCAAGAAUAUUGUUUCCCUGUUGCACUCCACCCACAAGAAGUUUUAAAAGAAUGGAGAAAUAAUGACUAAUAUCCAACAUACUUUGGUAUCAAGUGUCAUCUCCAUCUGCAAACUUCUGUGGUGUCAAAAGCCUGUUCUUUAGGGUUUCCAGACCCUUUGAGGCAGAUUUUAGUAUUCAUGGUGAGUUGUAGGAAGGCAGAAGCUGUAGGAUCCAUAGAACUAUUCUUUUGGAUCAUGGUCAGAUGUAUGUAGUCAAAUCCAUACUGUCUCUGUUCAUACAAAAAUAAUUACACUAUAACAAAAGUGAGAAAAGUAUGCAUCUCAAGAAGGUUUAAUAUGCACAAACUAAGAUUGAGUAAAAAAUGGGUAUGUCUGUCUGUAUUAAAUUACUACAUAGUCAUGGUUUUGGCAAUAUUGCCAUUAGUGCUAGUGUGAGAAUCUGUUAUGUGGAACCCCCUUUAAGUUGUUUUCUUGAACAGUUUAUUGUGAAUGAAUUCUACACAGAGAUUAGGAGAUUCUACUUAUUGUUUUUAGUGGUGGUGGGAAGGCUUCUAUGGUUCCUUUAACAUGAACUGCUUGUUUUGAGGCUUCCAUCACGAGAAGCAUUUUGAAAGCAGGUUCAUUCAUAUUGGUAUGGAGAACUUGUGGCCCUUGGAAUGAUGAUGAAAUCUAGUUCCUGUUAGGACCAGCUAGAUUGGGCAGCAUUCAGUGGUGACGGAAUUGAGAUCACUAGGAAUCAUAGUAUCAUAGAGUUGGAAGAGACCACAAGGGACAUCCAGUCCAACCCCCUGCCAUGCAGGAAUUCUCAAUCAAAGCAUCCCUGACAGAUGGCCACCCAGCCUCUGCUUAAAGACCUCCAAAGAAGGAGACUCCACCACACUCCAAGGGAGUGUGUUCCACUGUUGAACAGCCCGGCCAUUGGUCCCCUUUCCUAUUUCUCAGUCCCAACAGGAACAGCAAAGAUUCUAGCUAAGGUGCAGGAAACAAUUUCCCCACCUCUAAUAUCCAGAAGUGCCUGGGUAUGCUUACUACACUGAAGCCUCUAUACCAGGGGUAGGAAUGAUGCAGCUGCCCUCUAGACGUUGAGAUUGCUUGUCCCAGCUGUCUUGGGCAGCAUAGUCAGUGUUGAGGAAGACUCGAAGUUGCAGUCCAACAAUAUUAGGAAAGCAGCGUGAUUCCCACCUCUAUUUUGCAGUGUCAGGAGCUGAGUUACUUGCUUAUUUGUUGUGUAGUGCCACAGUGAUAAAUUGGGUGGUCUGGGUUGCUUUUAUAUCUAGCUGCCAAUGGGAAAACUUCUCUUUUUCUGAAAUAACUUUGUUUUAAAAACUAGAGUACGCUAUGUCAGGUUGUGUUUCCAUAUGAAUCCUGGGGAUUUGUAUCUUCAAUAAUCUACCAAGGCCUCUUUUAAAUGCGGAACUGAGCUAGCAGGCAUUGUACUAGAUGCCUCCCAGAGGUAUUAUCUACAUCUAAAUAAUAAAUAAGUGUGUUUCUUCUUCCUUAAUAUGAACUUUCAGCUUUAAAUUGGACUUGUCAAAUAUCAAAAGGCCAUAUAACUGAAUCUCUGAAGUACAUGAGUAAUUUGCCAAAGUUAAUUUCUCAGCACAAACAUGGAAUAAACUACUACCUUUCUUAAAAGCAAAAGCAAGUUACGAGCAUAAAUCUACCCUUAACAAUUACUUUUUCGAAACGUAAGUUAAUUGCAACAAAUGUGUCCAGUUUCUUCCACUAGGACUGAAAUAUGUCCACCUUCGUCUAGAUAGACCCCUUUGUGUGUAUAUUUUGAACAUCACUCAAAUUUUUGUGAUGUCUUAAAGGCUCUGAAAUGUAAGGGGCUCACGAUUGUGUAUUAACACAUAUCAGUGUUGUAGCAUUAUCCCGUUAUGAGCCUUUAAUACUGGCUUAAUAAUCACACUAGGCUUGCUCAGGUGUUAAAGUAAUUCUGAAUUUUCUCUCAGACUUACAGAGUUGUAAGAGCACUUCAUAAAUGGUGAUGCAAGAUCCACUGGUGGAACCCGGUGUUUCACCAGGCUGCUGGCAGUGGAUGUGUGCGACAAUGUAGCACAAGACAUUACAACAGUUUUGAUUUAGGGGCUAGCAUUGGGGCAGAAUCCAGCCGGCAGAUCCCAAACUAAAGCAAAAUUCUUAUGGCGGAUCCUAUUAAUAAAAUAGGAACCAUUGACCUUGUAAACACUUGACUACUUCAUAUUUUUAUGUUAAAUGAACAUCCAGGUACCAGACCAAGAUGACCCAGCGUGUUCAGUUCAAUACAGUUUAAAUGUUUUGGCUGUAAAGCAGAGCAAGUAAGUGGCUCUUGAUCUUUAGACAGCAGUAUGCAAUUUGUAAUAUACAUGUUUCUAAUACAUAUAUCUACAUAUAUAGAUGAAUGAACUCAAGUCUGUCCAAAGUUUGUUAUACUUGUGUUAGAUUAUAGUGCAGCUGACUAUAUCAACAUAUUUAUUGAGUGCAGAACCAUCCUCAUUUUAGUGAUGGUGGUAAAUUUUGCAUAUUAUGCAGGAGUGCUAUUGGUUUCUUUUAGACUAUUGAAGCUUGAUUGCUGUGAUUUUUAUACAAAACAGCCCUAUAGUGUGUUUAUAAGCAGCCACAGCAGGUAUGAAGUCUGUGGAUAUAAGUGCUUGCCAAAGGCAAGUAAAACACAGCUGUAGGCAGGUAAUUGUAUAGUUUGCCAAUAUGGCAUAUAAUGGGAAAGACUACCUUUGCUAUAUGUAGUAAUAUUUCCUUGCACUGUAAACUUUGCAGUAUUUUUAUGAAAGUGGUUUAGACGGACCUGAGCAAAUCAAGACUAAACACAUUUUAAGCAACAUUCAAACCAUAUGAUAAGAGUCCUGAAUGUCAAAUAUUUCAUAAAUAUUUGGGUCAAGGGCAGAAUGACUUUUAAAUUGUGAGUGGGAACCAGUAUUGUGGGAGAGUUGGGUUUUCAAUAAACUGAUGUUGGAUGUCUUUCAACAGUGUAGCCAAAGCAUCUUCUUGUUAAAACAAUUUCUGUCUUUUCUCUAGAGACAGAAAAGACAGCUUAACUGUGCAAAGUGUAAUCUGCAACACUAUUUUGGAUGAUCUUUCUGACACUUUAUUACCUUUCAAAAUAGCUGUAAUGGGUUAAUGAAAACAUAUUCAUUGGAGUGAGAAAUCCAAGAAAACCCAAGCAUUUGUACAAAUGCCUUACACAUCCCUUGCUGGUUCAUCUAGGUUUUCUUUAAAACCAAUUGAAAACAUUUUGAACUGCUGCUUCUGCUCAGAUAAUUGUCAAAACAGAUCUAAUAUUGGCAUUGCUUCUUGAUUACAUAUGUAAUUUGAAAAAGCAUUGGUUUCUGAUAACAGAAUGGACUCAAAUGUUUCCUUUCUCCUAAUUUAUCAAUCACAUCAGUAUUGGAGAAAGCAUUCCAAAAUGGUUGCAUUAAGAUCACUGAGAAUGUGGCUUCAUGGGCCAGGUGUAGCCUCCGCAAGCACAGAUGCUGACAUUUGUAUCUGUUUUCCCUUUUAAAUGGUUUUAAGAAGUUUUGUAUAUGGAGGAUAAAGUGCUUAUAUAUUUAUUAAAGAUCCUUUUAUCUUAUUUGAAAUUGUUCGGUAAAGAAGGUUUUUCUUUUCCUUUUAGGGACAAACUGGUGGGGAGGAAUGGGGUGGGGAAAGGUUAGUUUUAACCUUUAACUUAUCAGUUUUUUUUAAAAAAAAUCUUAAGCAUGCAGCUUGGUACUGAUCAUGACUGGCAGGAUGGCUCUCUGUUGUAUGCUUUGUACAUGAUCUGUUCAUGUCUUACACAUUUUGUUACUUAUCAUUGUAUUUAGUCACCUGUUUUCAACCAAAACUAAACUUUUAAAACAAAACUGUGAUUCUCCCCCCCCCCUUUUCUUUGCAAUACAUUUGAAAUUUCGAAAGGGUACUUUGGGGCUCCAAAUUAGGAUUUCUAAGUCAGUAUGUGCAUUUCACGUAUGUUAAUGGUGAGCAAAGUAUUAUAUACUAACUAGAUUUUUUUCCACAUCUGUAUAGUAUAUUCUAUGUAUUUUGUGGUAUUGAGAUUAUAGAAAGUUUAGUGUCUGAAAUAUGCGUUUAAUGUGUAUUUUUAAACAAAUUUAUGGCAAUUAAAUAUUUGGAGAAAAGGGUAUCACAUUUCAAUUUGUAAAGAUCUUUUUAACUACUGUGUCAUUUAAAUGCUUUGUACAAUGCAAAACUGUAACUGGAGAAACUAAGUUUAAUAAAUAUCAAAUAGAUUUUCUGUAUUAAACUUUA